CGGGCGAGCGGACCAAUGGGCGCGGAGCGUCGGGCGUGCGGUGGCCAAUUGGCGCAGAGCGGCGGGCGCGCGGACCAAUGGGCGGUGGUGACAGUGUGGGGUGCGGUUGCGGGGCGGGGCGGCUGCGCCAGGCUGGCCAGGAGCUGCCGCGGGUGUGGACGCGGUCGGUGUUCGCGGGGCUGCAGGAUGGAGUCGUCGCUCCGCCUCCCGGACCCCUGCGGGGACAGGUCAGGAGCGAUGGCGGCGGGCGGAGACCCAAGAGGGCCGUGGAGUGCCUUUGAAGAUGAGACCAUGAAGCUCAGGCAGCUGAAACUGGAUAACCAGAGAGCGCUGCUGGAGAAGAAGCAGAGGAAGAAGCGCCUGGAGCCGCUCAUGGUGCAGCCGAACCUGGAGGCCCGGCCGCGGCGGGUGAGGCUGAGGGGCCGCGAGGAGCACGCUCUGCUGGUGGAGCCGCAGGCCCCGCAAGGCGGAGUCAUCUUGCAGGGCAUUGAUGGUCCCGCUGCCUUCCUGAAGCCGGAUGCUCAGGAUGUGGACACCAGACUUCACGUUCUCACGGUAGGCUCUGCUGCCACAGAGGACACUGAAGGGAGCGCAGACGGGGAGAGCGCACGGGACCCCGCCUCCAAGCCGGAUCUGCAGGAGGUUCUCCGAAAGCACGGGAUCUCAGGGAGUUUGAACUUUGACGAGGAGGAGACUGAUGGGGAGGAAGGAGAAGGGAGCCAACUAAGGUCUCAGUCGCCGUGUUCAGAGGCAGAGAGGCCCGGUUCUGCAUCCAGCCAGAAGCCAGCCCCGGGCACAGGGGCCUCCGGGACCGCAGCCCCGCACUCUGACGUUCAGCUGGGAGAAAUAGAGGACUUGGAAGGCUUUGCGUACAGUCCUGCCCCACGAGGUGUCACAGUGAAGUGCCGGAUAACCCGGGACAAGAAAGGGAUGGACCGGGGGCUCUUCCCCACCUACUACAUGCACUUGGAAAAGGAUGAGAAUCGCAAGAUAUUUCUUCUUGCAGGUAGGAAGCGGAAAAAGAGCAAGACAUCCAACUACCUCAUCUCCACGGACCCCACAGACCUGUCCCGAGAAGGGAAGAGCUACAUUGGCAAGCUCAGGUCCAACCUCAUGGGGACUAAGUUCACCGUGUACGACCAUGGCGUGAGCCCGGCCAAGGCCCAGGGCCUGGUGGAGAAGGCCUACAUGCGGCAGGAGCUGGCCGCCGUGUGCUACGAGACAAAUGUACUUGGAUUUAAAGGCCCGAGGAAAAUGUCUGUGAUCAUCCCUGGGAUGAAUAUGAAUCAUGAACGGAUUCCUUUUCAGCCACGAAAUGACCAUGAGAGCUUGCUUUCAAAAUGGCAGAACAAAGCCAUGGAGAACUUGAUCGAGCUGCACAACAAGUCCCCGGUCUGGAACGAUGACACCCAGUCCUACGUCCUGAACUUCCAUGGCCGGGUCACUCAGGCGUCUGUGAAGAACUUCCAGAUCGUCCACGACAGCGACCCUGACUACAUAGUCAUGCAGUUUGGACGCGUGGCCGACGACGUGUUCACGCUGGACUACAACUACCCGCUCUGCGCGCUCCAGGCCUUUGCCAUCGGGCUCUCCAGCUUCGACAGCAAGCUGGCCUGCGAGUGAGGCCGAGCGGCCGGAGCAGGGCACUCUCGCCCCAGGACACCCAAAGUGACAGGCUGCCCCUGUGGAGCGGUCCCUGGAAGUGUGUGUGUAGAUGUGUGUGGAUUCACAUACGUGUGCACGCACAUAUAUGUUUGCACACCCCUACUCCCUGGUCACACAGCCCUGGUCAGGGAUCACGGCUCAACUCGGGUGAGAGGUUUUGCAGAGUACAGAAGUGAUCUGAUGUUAUCGCCCAGCCGUCAAGAGUCUUGUUCUUGGAAAUUUGCAGCCAGAAUCAGCUUGACUCCCCUUUCCUGCAGAUCUUCUCAGAGUGGGAUAGUUACCUCAGUGACCUUCAGUCUCCAGGUCUGCAGACUUUUUCUGAAAAUGGCCGGUUCAUCCAUGGAGAUGUGACUGUCCCCAGGUUCCAGGGUCUCUGUACCACCCUGGGCCUGACGGUCUUCCAUAAUGGGCCUGUGGUCACGAGAGCACCUGGGGGGACGACUCCCUCCAGGAGUGCAGGUCACAGCUGAGGCCUUGUCUGCUAGCCUUGUCCGCUGCGACGUAGCCUUUCCCGUGUCCUGCCCACAGCGGUUUGCAGAGUAUCAUUUACCAUCAGUGGUUAUUCCAAGUCCACCUAACACCUGCCUCACCCAUGGGGGAGGGGCCCCAGGAGGAGUGCUCGCUCCCUGCUGUCUUUUGUCAGGGGGCAGGGGUCGCACAGAGUCCGGCGAGAUUGAAGCAACUUAGUAGCAGCAGCAGCAGGGGUGGGGUGGGGGGAGUAUGGCGCCCAUUCCCCAGAGCCAGCCGCUCCACUCGGGGGUUCAGGAGUCACCUGAUCACGGUCCCCUCUUCCCUCAAGGCUGGCUGACUGGCUCCUGUCUCAGUCAGGGUGGCUGUGGCCUGAUUUGUGAUCAGGGAUACGAGAAAUUUACAAAUUGUCUUAAUCGUGGUUUAGGCUGGAAGCGUGAACUUCAGAGGGGACCUGACCUGGUCUGGUCAUGACUGAGAGGCUUUGACGUGGCCUCCACAACUCUCAGCCCCGAGCACCUCCCUGGAUGGGUUACCCUGGAGCCACCUGCAGACACGCCUGCUGCCCCGUGGGAGGGAGGAGCCGUGCGGGCGUGUAACUGCCAUUGUCACUGUCCAGGGCAAGGACGCUCAGGCCUCUUCUCAGCGCACGUGUCGUGAGCCCCAAGGCCCGGCUCCCCCAGCCAGGUCACGUUCUGUCGCUUCUGCUCACAGAUUGUAAGCGUUCUGCUAUUUUGUUCAGAUUAUUAGCCUCUCCCAACAAAUUGCAUGGCUCUGCUGCCGGUUUACAGCCUGUUCGGGCACCCGUGUCCUGAGGCUCAGGAGUGCUGUGAGCUCCGCAUUGGCGUCGGUCACUCCCAGGCCUGUCUGCCAGCCUGCGAUUGGGCGGCAGCCUCUGUUGCUCCUUCUGUUUCCUUACAUGGACAUCCUUUCUGUCCCUGCUUCCUGUCCCUGCUCCACAUUGAAAGCAGUGGAAGGAAAGAGAUUGGGGGUGAGCCGACCCAUGGCUCACCCCACUUGCACGUCUACUGCUCUGUCCUGACCCGGCGGUCAUCUCAGGCUGCGUCCCUUAAGUGCCUCGGUCCUCAGGUGCCCUCUCCCCGCUGGCCUGUCCUGAGGCUGCUCGCUUGCCUCCAGUGGGGGAUAUGAAGUAUCCGGGGGGGGAGGGACCUGGGGGGCGGCUGAUCUGACCUGCCUCUUGCCCCCACUCUGGCGCAGACACACCCCGGCCUCCUGUCCUUCCUGCUCAAGUGUACAGGUGAUCGGUUUUACAUAUUUAUACUUUUUGUAUGCUACAGAAAUAAAAAAUGAUUUCUAUAAAAA